CUGCGCACCGAGCAGAGCACCGACAGAGCACCGACAGAGGCAGCGAGCACCGGGCGGAGCACCGACAGAGGCAGCGAGCACCGGGCGGAGCACCGACAGAGCACCGACAGAGGCAGCGAGCACCGAGCGGACAGCGGACAUAUGCGGGAUCGUCUCCCGGCUUCAGCAGCUGAUAGUCGGUGAUUUCUGGGUCGUUCUCCGCUGUAUGGAUGUGAAAUAGAAGGUCGUCGCUCGGCCUCCUCUCCUCCUCUCCUCCUCUCCUCCUCUCCUCCUCUCACAGGACCGCAGCCUGCACACAGCCACAAAAUGGCGGACAUGAUCGAGCUGGGACCCGCCUACGCCAUGUCUCCGGUCCUGGCGGGCUUCCUGGGAGCUGGCGUUCUGGUUUUGGUCGUGGUGGUUCUGGUUCUGCUCUGGUCGUUCUGUCAGCGUCGUUACCUUCGCGUCACCGGCCGCUACAAGCUGCACGGCGACCGCUACUGCGACGCCGAAGACCCGCCCUACAAGUUCAUCCACAUGUUGAAGGGCAUCAGCAUUUACCCAGAAUCCCUCAGCGGCAGCAAGAGGAUCGUACGCGGCAUCCGGCGUGCGGACCGCUCCGACCGUGAAGGCGAGCGAGGCUGCCCCGCUGCGACGGGGAGGGGCAUGGUUCUGGUGGACGCCGAGAACAACAUCCUGGACGUCCCGGGGCAGCUGCAGAUGAGUCACCUGGUCCCCCCCGCCGGGUCAGCCCCCGCCCACGGCCAGACCCGCCUGGAGCGGGCUCUGCCGGUCCGCGCCGAUUACUGCUGCUUGGACAGCAGCUCGGCCAGCAGCAGCCAGACCAGCAGCAAGACGGCAUCCCCCUUCACCCCCGCCUCCUCGGAGCCGGAACCCGAGCCCAGCCUGGGCGCCAUCAGUCUCACUGUCGACUACAACUUCCCCAAGAAGGCUCUGGUGGUCACCAUCGUCGGAGCCCGGGGCCUCCCCGCCAUGGACGAGCAGGCAGGCAGCUCUGACCCGUACGUGAAGAUGACCAUCCUGCCCGAGAAGAAGCACCGCGUCAAGACCCGCGUGCUGAGGAAGACCCUGGACCCGCUGUUCGACGAGACCUUCACCUUCUACGGCGUGGCCUACAGCUCGCUGCCCGAGCUUACCCUGCACUUCCUGGUCCUCAGCUUCGACCGCUUUGCCCGUGACGAUGUCAUCGGUGAGGCCGUGGUGCCGCUGAAGGGUGUGGACCCGAGCACGGGCCGAGUCCACCUGAGCCAGCAGAUCACCAAGAGGAACAUGCAGUGUGAGAGCCGUGGCGAGCUGCUGGCGUCUCUGUCCUACCAGCCGGUGUCUCAUCGCCUCAGCGUGGUCGUCCUGAAGGCUCGACACCUCCCCAAGAUGGACAUCACCGGCCUGUCAGCGAACCCCUACGUGAAGGUGAACGUCUUCUACGGCCGCAAGCGCAUCGCCAAGAAGAAGACUCACGUGAAGAAGUGCACGCUGAACCCGGUCUUCAACGAGUCCUUCAUCUACGACAUCCCGCCCGAGCUGCUGCCCGAGAUCUCCGUGGAGUUCCUGGUGGUCGACUUCGACCGGACCACCAAGAACGAGGUCCUGGGCCGCCUGCUGCUCGGCCUGCACAGCCCCGCCCCCUCCGGCGCCUCCCACUGGAGGGAGGUCUGCGAAAACCCCCGCCGGCAGAUCUCCAAAUGGCACAACCUGAGCGAGUACUGAGGGAGGACCGGCAGGACGCAGCUGACACCACCGAGCAGCUGGGACUCCACCAGUGAACAGCACUGGGACAUAAAGACUCAGUGUACAGCGCACACACACACACACACACACACACACACACACACACACACACACACUGUUGUGGUCAUAGUUAAACACUCUCUCUCUCUCUCUCUCUGUCUCUGUUAUCUCUCUCUACCACCUCUACAUUGGCAUUGUAAGAAGAAGCUGCAGUUUUUAAAAGAGAAACCAUGAAUCCAUUUCUCAGACUGUCUCAUGUCUCCUCUGGCUGUCCGUGUGUGAAGACGUGGGGGGGGGGGAGGAAUGCUCUCUACGAUUUAAAAAAGAAAAAAAAGACCCCCCUCUUGCUGUUGUUGUCAUGCAGUUCAUCGCAUGUCUGUCCCCAAAAGAGUCCAAAUGAAGACAUCCCACUGACUGACAGGAGGUUCCCUCACUAACACUGCGUAUAACCGAUAUAUCCAAGUAGAAUUACUCCUCAGUACGACCCAAUAAGAACCUGCUCCCCUCUCGCUCCUCGCGCUCCUCCACAGGAUGGGAUAUUCUGGGGAUGAUGGUUGUUGUAGUCGGCAGCAUGCUCCCCGCCUCCACUCCUCUUACAGAACAUGAAACAUCACUGUGGCUCCCACAGCUGACCCCCGACCCCCGACCCCCCCGGGAGGAAGUGGACUUCAUAACAUCAUUCUAAUGUGGAUUUAAACCCCCGACUGAAGACUCCUGCAGACGCUCUCCGCUCAUGAAGACUGAGAGACGAUGUAAAAUACUUGUUUGUAACAUGAGUGAUAUUUAAUUUAAGUCCAGAUUCUCGGAGGAGGAAACAGGAAGUGGCUGUGGUUGAAAAAACUCUUCUGUGGCUUCAUUUUCUCUUUUCCACAACUCUCAGCAGCUCUUCAUGAAAGACGACGUUAAAGCUAUCUCAGCUAGUAAAGACUGUUGCUAGGAAACCUCUGUAGCUCUGUCCAAUCAGGAGCAUCCAGCUAUGUAAACAGGAAGCAUAACAUCCAAAAAACAAUACAUCUUUUUCUAAAUGUAGUUUUAUUUCUGUCUGAAAUAUUCAUACAGUUUAUAAUGAGAGGGAAAUAUCGGAUUAUGCUAAGCUAACUGACGUCAUUUAACCAAAUAUUAGCAUAAUGCUUCCUAAUUGGAGGUCUGUUGUGUUAAAAUCUUCCAGAUUGAAUCAUCAUUACACAGAACUGAUAAAGUUUCAGGUCAGAGAUGUCGACAGCUGGUAGUUAAUAAUAAUAAUCUCUUCAGAAGAACUAGUUUGUGACCUGUUUUCAUUUAGUGACGAUAAAACUGAACGUUAGCACAAGGCUAAUUUAGCAUGAUGCUACGUAGCAAGAGGCUUGUUAAGAUGUUCACGGGAAAUACCAACCGUGCCACUGUUGUUACUAAGCAACCAGUGCAUGACGAUGACGAUGAUGAUGAUGAAGGUGCAGUAAGUCACUGAUUUCACUAAUUAACCUCUAAUUGAUCCAUUUGAAGGGAGAAACGAACAGAAGGUAUCUUCAGUUGGACGUUCGACCCGAUGUCCUCGUGCAGCGAGUCCUGCGUUCGUCUCGUCUCCAGUCAGAAUAAUGUGUUUGUGCACUAGACUAAGUUAGCACUAGUCUGUGUAUUGGCAAGAAUCUGGUGAUACGAUUCGUAUCGGGGGUUACGAUUCAAAGCAAAGCUAGUUUUCAGUGGCUGUAACAUCCGACGCCACAGCCUCAGGUGACGUAGCACUGCGAGCUAACUAGCUGCACUGACACAAUAUCCCAGGACAAAGUAUUCCACCGCGAUGCUACGCUAAGAUAACCCGAGGCUAAUCCUGAACUGGACUCCUGCAGGUAGAACUGGUGUCAUGAAGGUGACAUCGUCUACAUCUUGUCACACAUUACAGCACAGGUUAGCUACAGUACGUUACCAUGGUUACGGCUAAUAGCGGCUGAAUGUUGGUUUCAGGUGUGUGGUUCCCGCCCGUCCUCCGGCACUGUGGGAGGGGACAGACAGGUGAGCUCACAGCGACGGGUCCGUUAAUAUAAUAAUAAUCUCUUAGUAAUGAUUACGCUGUCUAAUGAGCUAAUGAAGUCGUCGUUAGCAACCACAGUCACUUCCUGUCUUUCUCUCCUCCGAGCGUCGUCCUCUAACCUGCACUGGUUUCCCUGCCAGCUGGUGGCGCUGUUGCAGCUGAUUUGCAUUGAUUUGUUUUAUAAAUCCCAGCUUGGUUUGAGUAUUUAGUGAAUUAUCUUUGAUGGCAGACUGUUUAAAGUUAAUCCACCUUAAAUCUGCUCCUCAGCGAAGCCGACAGCUCGCUAACAUUUCAGAGGUUCAAACUCAAAGACGUCCAUUAGGUUGAGACGUGCAGAGGACGCAGUCGCGCACUCACUGGCUGUAGAUUUGUACAGAUGUGAAGAUGUUUGCUGGUUUCCUUCCUGUCUGAUGUCCUCGGAGCUUUAGUGUGUUUGAGCGCCCCCUGCUGUAGACCUGGAUGCUAACCUCCGUCUUAGGUUUGUUAACACUAAUUGGACGUGCAAAUAAAAAAUCAAGUUAGCCAUGAA